UUUUUAUUAAAAAAUCAAAACAUUGGGAAUCAUUUUCAAAUCAUUUUGAAAAUUACUUUCCGUAUAUGUAUAUAUAUUACUAAUUUCGUUUUUUAAAGUAACUUUGAUUCAGAGUAUUACAAUUUAUAUGUGCAACGAUGGUGGAAAAUCUUAUAACAUCAACACCGAAUAGUUUGCCAAGGUUAAGCAUUGGCGGGAGCAGUGCUACACGAAGGCGAAGUCUUAUACCGCAAAGCCGAGUAGCUAAUAUCAGAGUUGAGGAAAGCAAUGAUGACGAGGCGGAGAGGUCUUCACUGCUGGCCUCGGAGCGUGCAGUGGCCACCUCUACCCCACACUCCCCGCACAGAGGGAGGCACUCAAUAUCCUCUUCUCCACAGAAAGAGCACUACCAGGGCUGCUUGAAGCUUUAUGCGGAAAAUAAAAUCAACAAAGACAAUGCAUGGAAUCUCCAGCUCAUAGACUUCAUGACGACUAUGCUUCGGCGCCACGACCAACGUAUGGAGAACCUUCAGACCGCGUCCACAGUUCUGGACGCCACGGCGCGGAUAUACUCCUUCCGCGUUGACGCCGUGCACUAUGACGUGCUGAAGAUGGCGGGCGGCCUCAGCAAAGCGGCACAGACGAAGCGAGGCAAGAAAGACGAUGAGAAUGUUCAAGACGAGGGCGCGGCGGACGGCGCGGAGGCGGCAGCUCCCAAAAAGAAGAAGAAGCGAUCCAAGGGAGCCGUCGCAGCCAACCCGGACGUGUUCAAUGGGGACUUUGAUGCCAACGACUGUGUGGAUCCAUUCUUUGAACGCGUAGCGGCAACGGCAGGCGAUAUCACAUCUUCCAACAGAGCGUUUAAUGCAUGCUUGCCUAUACACGACAAGACAUUAGCAUUGAUUUUAAGGACAGACGAUCAAUUCCUGGAGCCGAUCAAAGAGAACAUACCAGAAGAGUUGUCGCUCAGUGAGCGUAUAGCCGUUGCUAUGAAACUGUUACCGACCUUCAAUACUAGUGACCAGAUCUGCGAGCCUUUCUCAGGGUUCUCUAUCAGCAACUGGGACCCGGAGACUGAGGACACGGACCGCAUCACAAACUGGGUGGAAGAGAACAACCGGCUGAACCUGUCGCAGCAGGCGCUGGCCUUCGACGUCAACGCUGAGGUGGAGCCCAUCCCGCAGGACGAGGCUCACAACGAUUUAUUUGAUGAUGAACCUCUAGGCGGCAUCGAAAGCGAGGAAGAAGCUGACGUGGCCGUAGCGGCGUGCGUGGCGCGCUUGCCGGCCGCGCAGCCCGCCAGGCUGACGGACAUGAGGCCGAGCGCGCCCGGACACUCGCGCCUAGAGUACAGCUACUGCGCCGCCAUCGUCACCGCGUGGGCCGGCCCCUCGCACUGGCGGCUGAAGAAUAACAGAGCGUCAAAAUUAUCAGAACGCACCCAAUCAACAGCGACAGGUCGCUUCACCGUCGAAGGCAAGAAACCAGCGCGAACGAAAAGACAGCUCGACUUUAUGGGCGCAGGCCUGGCCUUCGACGCACGCUCCAACAAAGUGCCAGACUACGAGCCCACGCAACCCGCCAAGAUCAUGAUCAGCAGAAAAACCCUGGCUACGGGACACACUUGGAACGAGGCCAACUACAAAACUCCUAUAGACAGAGGCUUAGACGAGUCACACUUCAGAAAGUUGUUCCUGCGUCGCAACGUGGUGAUGACUCGCGAGCGAGACGAGCAGCCCGCCAAGAAUAACACGGAACCGCUCAUGGUAGAGGAAAACAAAGACUAUGACUACAAUAACGAGAACGACGCGUCGUACUGCCCUAACCACGUGUCGGAAGCGGACGAGUGGUGCAACGAGGAAGGCCUGGCGGCGGGUGACCUUCACGAGCAGGCCAAAUCAGCGGAGCUGGAGGAAAUAGGCGACAUGUUGGAACCGCCAACUAAGAUUGCAAAAAUCUUCAUACCAUACGCGAUGCGGGCGAAAAAAGUCGACAUGAAACAAUUAAAACACACUACUUGGAGAAUGCUUACCGGGAAAACUGCGGAGGGGCACAAGGAAGAUAUCACACCGACUUCGUUUUUCUCUAUCUACUCCCGAUUGCCGGAAAAACUUUCGCCAAACAUGAGGGAAUCUCUCAGUGUGCCAUUGGCUUUAUUGUCUGUACUCCAUCUUGCCAAUGAAAAAGGUCUUAUUCUUGAAAAAAGGGAUGACCUCAAAGAUUUUGGUAUUGUAGGUCUAAUUAAACAUUAGAUUUAAAUCCUAACACCUGAGGCCCACUUGUCACUUGCACUGAUUUAAAUUUUUCUUAAUGCCGUCACUUUUUAGCAACCGCUUAUACAGGGUGUAACCAGAACGCUAGCAAAACUUAGCGUUAUUAUUAUACUACCUUAACACAACCCAAUGCCAAUAACCAUUUGCCUUAUCUUGUAGUUUUAGUGAUUUAGUAUUUUUCAAACCCGGAUUUUAUAGCGUGCAAAACUCGGAUCAAUGCCCUACCAACGACGCGAGCGACCUAUUUACGGAACGUUCGUUAACCUCUAGCGUCAGUCAGAUGUUUUAUUUGCAAUAUAUUGUUAACUUUUAGAAAAUAAAGGAAUUUUACAUAAAGAAUUCGCAGGGUUUUUAUGGUAUCUUAUCGUUAAUCAUCAGUACCUGUCUUCGUUUUUGCUAGCUUUUUGGUUGCAUCCUGUAUUAUGCUCUUGCUAAAAAGUUACAGCAUAAGUCCUGGUGCAAGUGGGCCUAAAUUUAAGAACAUAAAUUUAUAGAUUCACUAAAAUAAUAUUAAAAACUUUUUUAUGUAAAUUUUUACCAUAAAUUACAGUGGCUAUUUAACUAUAUUUUGUUAUACGAGUGCCGGACAUUUUGUUUUUCUUACCUUGUAAAUAAUUGUAUGUCCCUAUUCAUUAGGCGGUUUUCAUCUCACACUGUCGUCGAUCGGUCAGCGUUACAGGUCGGUUAACAAGAGUUGGCACGUUCGGCAGUACCACAGUAAAGUGGAGUUCACGACAGUUAAGCAGAAUUUACAUAACAAAAUUAGUUUCACGACAUUAAUUUCGUUAUCAAUUGCACAUGUAAACAUGUAGUGUAAAGUAUACACUAAAUGCAUGCAUUACGAUUUUUUUUUAAAUUCAUUAUACGAAAGCGCUUGACCACAAUUACACCUGAGGGAAAGUGAUCAUGUGACCUAAGAUGGGUUUCGUUUACCUAGAAGAUGCCUAUUCACUCUUAUUUUAAAGAUACCCGGAUUGUAAUUGGAAGGAAAAGAUCGCGGAAUAGUAUUCCAAACCUUAACCAUGCGUAUGAGGAAUGAUGACGAAAAUUAGACACGUGCAAUUUGAUAAUGAAAUUAUUGUCGUGAAACUAAUUUUGUAAUGUAAAUUCAACUUUAGGAAACUUGUCGUGGCUUCAACCUACACUCUGGCACGACACAAACUCAAUGUGUGAACGAUGUACGUGCAGAAACGUUUCAUUGUGUAAGUACAUCUGUCAGCACCGACGAUCAGUAUGGGAAGAAAUCGAACCUUAUUUAUAGUUGUAAUUUUUUUAAUUUCAUAGUAAAUGAAGUUAAUUCUGUCCCGAUAUUGUACAGAUAUUUGUAGGCAUUUAUUUUUGUAUUCAAUUUAUAUUGACAAUAAAUAAAUAAAUAAUAAUAAUAUGGUAAUAUCAAGGCAGUUUCAUUUCUAAAUAAAAUACACUUCUAUGUAUACACAAGCUUUAUUUUUAACCGAAUUAACAUUUUAGCAUUUUCGGCUUGUGAAUUUUACAAUUUAAAAAAAAACAGAAGAUUUUUUCUUAUUUCUAAAUCGUUAAGAGCAUAUUUUAAACCAAGUUAACAACAAA